AUGGCGCAAGCGGACAUUGCUACAUUUGCCAAUGGGUGUUUCUGGGGGACGGAGCACAUCUACCGCAAGUAUUUUAGUGGCAAGGGCCUACUGGAUGUGAAGGUGGGCUUUAUCGGUGGCAAAAAGGACUUUCCCAAUCCGACCUACCGCGAUGUGUGUACGGGAAAAACGGGCCACGCCGAAGCGGCCCAGGUAGUGUUUGACCCUGCGCAAGUGUCCUACGCCGAGCUAGUCGAGUUUUUUUACCGCACGCAUGAUCCCACGCAGGUGAAUGGCCAGGGACCCGAUAUUGGGACGCAAUAUCGUAGUGCGCUCUUUCCUCACACAGAUGAGCAGGAGAGGACGGCAAAGAGGGUGACGGAGGAAGUGCAGGCAAAGCAUUUUCAGCCGAAAGGCAGCCAGAUCGCCACACAGAUUGAGCGACUGCCCGUGGAGGAUUUCUUUGUGGCUGAGGACUACCACCAGGCGUACUUGAUCAACAACCCGAGCGGGUACCACUGCCCGACGCACCGCCUAUGGUGGUAG